AUGGACCAGCCAGAGGCCUUCUGCUCCAGCACGGAGUCCCGCGCGGCUGCCGCGCGAGAUCUUCUCCAGGCCGCGCUCGAGGACCUGAGCCAGGAGCAGCUGAAGCGCUUCCGCCUCAAGCUGCGGGAUGCGCCGCUGGACGGCCGCAGCAUCCCGUGGGGGCGGCUGGAGCGCGCGGACCCCGUGGACCUCGCGAUGCAGCUGACCCAAUUCUACGGGCCAGAGCCUGCGCUGGACGUGACCCGAAAGACCCUGAAGAGGGCAGACGUGCGCGACGUGGCGGCGCGACUCAAGGAGCAGCGGCUGCAGCGGCUCGGCCCCAGCUCCUCCGCUCUGCUCUCCGUGUCCGAGUACAAGAAGAAGUACAGAGAGCAUGUCCUGCGGCAGCAUGCCAAGGUGAAGGAGAGGAACGCCCGCUCGGUGAAGAUCAAUAAACGCUUCACCAAAUUGCUUAUCGCGCGCGAGAGCGCCACGCUGGUGGACGAGGCUCCGGGGCUCGCGGAGGAGGAGGGGCCAGAGCGCGCUAGGCGCUCGGACACCCACACCUUCAACCGCCUCUUCGGCCGCGACGGAGAAGGUCAGCGGCCUCUCACUGUCGUGCUGCAGGGCCCGGCGGGCAUCGGCAAAACCAUGGCGGCUAAGAAAAUCCUGUACGACUGGGCGGCAGGCAAGCUGUACCACGACCAGGUGGACUUCGCCUUCUUCUUGCCCUGCCGCGAGCUGCUGGAGCGACCCGGCACGUGCAGCCUGGCCGGCCUGAUCCUAGACCAGUGCCCCCACCGCAGUGCGCCCGUGCGGCAGAUGCUCGCUCGGUCCGAGCGGCUGCUCUUCAUCCUGGACGGCGCGGACGAGCUGCUGCCGCCGCCGGGACCCUCCGAGGCCGCGCCCUGCACAGACCCCUUCGAGGCGGCAGAUGGCGCGCGGGUGCUGGGCGGCCUGAUGAGCAAGACGCUGCUGCCCAACGCCCGCCUGCUGGUGACCGCGCGCGCCACCGCCCCGGGGAGACUGCAGGGCCUCCUGUGCUCACCGCAGUGCGCUGAGGUGCGUGGCUUCUCCGACAAGGACAAGAAGAAGUACUUCCACAAGUUUUUUCGAGACGAAGGGAUGGCGGAGCGUGCCUACCGUUUCGUAAAGGAGAAUGAGACGUUGUUUGCACUGUGCUUCGUGCCCUUCGUGUGCUGGAUCGUGUGCACUGUUCUGCGCCAGCAGAUCGAGCUCGGCCAGGACCUGUCGCGCACCUCCAAGACGACCACGUCCGUGUACCUGCUUUUCAUCGCCAGCGUCCUCAGCUCGGCGCCUGCGGCAGAUGGUCCCCAGAUGCAGGGCGAGCUGCGCAAGCUGUGCCGCCUGGCCCGUGAAGGCAUCCUCCGGCACAGGGUGCAGUUCGCGGAGAAGGAUCUGGAACGACUGGAACUUCGGGGCUCUAAAGUCCAGACGCUGUUUCUCAGCAAGAAAGAGCUGCCAGGCGUGCUGGAGACAGAGGUCACCUACCAGUUCAUGGACCAGAGCUUCCAGGAGUUCUUCGCUGCGCUGUCCUACCUGCUGGAGGAUGAGAGGGAUCUCAGGGCACCGGCUGACAGCGUAGGGGCGCUUCUGCGGGGGGACACCGAGCUGCGCUGCCACCUCACGCUCACCACGCGCUUCCUCUUCGGGCUGCUGAACACAGAGCGGAUGCGCGACAUCGAGCGCCACUUCGGCGGCGUGGUUUCAGAGCGCGUGAAGCAGGAUGUCCUGCGGUGGGUGCAGGAACAGGGCCAGGGCCGCCCUAGGGCGGCACCUGAGGGGACCGAAGAGACCCAAGCUCCGGAAGGCACCGAGGAGCCAGAAGAGGAGGAGGGCGAGCUCAACUACCCGCUGGAGCUAUUGUACUGCCUGUACGAGACGCAGGAGGGCGCCUUUGUGCACCAGGCCCUGCGUGGCUUGCCUGAGCUGGAGCUGGAGCGGGUGCGCUUCAGCCGCAUGGACCUGGUCGUCCUGAGCUACUGCAUACGGUGCUGCCCCGCCGGGCAGGCACUGCGGCUGGUUAGCUGUGGACUGGUCCCCGCACAGGAGAAGAAAAAGAAGAAGAGCCUGAUAAAGCGACUGCAUGGCAGCCUGGGCGGCAGCUCUUCACAAGCCACCAUGAGAAAACCCCAGCCCUCUCCACUACGUUCACUCUUCGAGGCCAUGACUGACCAACAUUGUGGUCUGAACAGCCUGACGCUGUGCCGCUGCAAACUGCCUGACUCGGUCUGCCAAGACCUCUCUGAGGCCCUGAGGGAGGCCCCCGCCCUGAGAGAGCUGGGCCUCCUCCACAACUGGCUCAGCGAGGCAGGCCUGCGUGUGCUGAGUGAGGGCCUGGCCUGGCCCCAGUGCCGGGUGCAGAAGCUCCGGGUGCAGCAGCCCUGCCUCCAGGAAGCGCUUCAGUACCUCAUCAGCAUGCUCAGGCAGAGCCCAGCAUUGACUACCCUGGAUCUCAGUGACUGCCAACUGUCGGGACCCAUGGUAACCUACCUAUGUGCGGCCCUACAGCACCCAGGAUGCCGCCUACAGAGCCUCAGUCUGACCUCCGUGGAGCUGAGCGAACAGUCACUGAAGGAGCUGCAGACAGUGAAGACGGCAAAGCCAGGUCUGGUCAUCACCCACCCGGCACUGGACAGUCCCCCCGAGCCUCCCACCGGAUUCAGCAGUGCCCUCUGA